AGGGACAUGUUAGAAGCAGUCAGGGCCGCGGAGCAGCACGUCUAGACGGGGUAACGGACCCCCCUUUUUAGAGAUGGGCCACUUCACCCAAAGAGGAAGAAGACGACUGUGAACUGUGUAACUACAACCUGGACUCGGUGUGGUGUUUCUGGACGCUCAAAUGCAAGAGUUAUUUAUUGUUUAAAAAUGUGGGAGAUGGUGGCGUUACCGAGAGCGAGCUCUCCCUUCCUGUCGUCUAGGACAAGAUGGCAGCAAUGCAGGCGAACUGUGCAUGUUAUGGAUUCAUAAAUCCAUACCAUGUUCAGAGAAGCCCUGGAUUAUACUUAUAGUGACUCUAUGUGAAGGUAUGGCCUCACAAGUCUUGGUCUACCCACCACACAUUUAUCAAACCCAGACAAGUGCCUUUAGCAGUGUGAAGAAACUCAAAGUUGAGCCCAGCAGCUGUGUGUACCAUGAGAGGGCACACCCGCAGACCUAUCUGAACAGCAGAGCCCUUGGAAUCGUGCACCCAACCAAACAAGCCCACUCGUUUGUGAACCGAGACUUGGCAGUGGGUGUGAAAGUGCGUGGAGGACAACAGUACCCGGUGCAGACGGUGGUGGUGGUUGUGCGUGGUGUACAGAGACAACAGACUGGUAAUAGAGGAGUAGGAGGACGACGACGAGGCCCGGCUGCGGCCCAGCAGCGACCGGACACAGGGGUUGUCCACUCGCAGGGCAAGGAGCAGCAGCAGCAGCAGCAGCAUCAGCAGACAGACACAGCAAGUGGGGGCAGCAGUGGAGCAACAGGGGCAGGAGGAGGGGGAAGGGGAGAGGGCUGCAGUGGAGGAGGUGAGGGAAGGGGAGAGGAGGAGGGUGACGGAGAAGAAGAGAACUGUGGAGGUUUGAACUCGGCCGACAGCUCUCAGCGAUGCGGGCUGAAACGUAAAAGUGAGGAGCUGGUUAACCGAGGGAGCACCAUGCAGAUUGUGGAGGAACUGUCAAUGAUGCCCGCCAUGAUGCAAACGACGAAUGUGGGGAACGCAACCAUGACUGCGCCGGGGGCCGGAGGGGGCCCCUCGAAACAGGGUGUAGGUGCAGCGGGAGGAGGGGACGGGGACUAUCAGGUCGUACAGCAUGAAGUCCUGUGUUCCAUGAAGAAUACUUAUGAAGUGCUGGAUUUCCUGGGACGUGGCACAUUUGGCCAGGUUGUAAAGUGCUGGAAGAGGGGCACGGGGGAGGUGGUGGCUGUGAAGAUCCUGAAGAACCACCCUUCAUACGCACGGCAGGGUCAAAUCGAAGUAGGCAUCCUUGCUCGACUGAGCGGGGAGAACGCAGAUGAGCACAACCUGGUGCGAGCCUUCGAAUGCUUCCAGCACCGCAGCCACACCUGCCUGGUGUUUGAGAUGCUCGAGCAGAACCUGUACGACUUCCUGAAGCAGAAUAAGUUCAGCCCGCUGCCCCUGAAGGUGAUCAGACCUGUGCUGCAGCAGGUAGCUACGGCUCUGAAGAAGCUGAAGAGCAUGGGUCUGAUUCACGCAGACCUCAAGCCGGAGAACAUAAUGCUGGUGGACCCAGUGAGACAACCCUACAGGGUGAAGGUGAUCGACUUUGGUUCCGCCAGCCAUGUGUCCAAAGCAGUGUGCUCCACGUACCUCCAGUCUCGGUACUAUAGGGCUCCAGAGGUCAUUUUGGGAUUGCCGUUUUGUGAAGCCAUAGACAUGUGGUCCCUAGGCUGUGUGAUAGCUGAGCUUUUUCUGGGCUGGCCCCUGUACCCUGGGGCCCUGGAGUACGACCAGGUUCGCUACAUUUCUCAGACACAAGGUUCGCCGGGGGAACAUUUAUUGAAUUCGGGGACAAAGACGUCACGGUUCUUUUGCAAAGAGUCCGACUCACCGUAUGCAGCAUGGAGACUAAAGUCAACAGAUGAGCAUGAGACGGAGACUGGAAUGAAAUCAAAGGAAGCCAGGAAGUACAUCUUCAGCUGUUUGGAUGACAUAGCGCAUGUGAACUUGGUGAUUAAUCUGGAAGGUAGUGACUUGUUGGCGGAGAAGGCGGACCGCCGGGAGUUUGUGGGACUGCUGAGGAAGAUGCUGUUUAUCGAUGCAGAGGAGAGGAUCAGCCCCGCCGAGGCUCUCGGCCAGCCUUUUGUGACGAUGCAACACCUGCUCGACUUUCCCCACAGUAACCAUGUGAAGUCGUGUUUCCACAUUAUGGACGUUUGCUGGACUCGUCCCAGUGCAUAUGAGGUGGCCAACAGGAACAAAGGGCCUUUCAUCAGAACUGUAACCACAACAGCUGCUGCCUCCGUCAACCACCCGUUCAGCAAGAUUACCGGUGUUCACCCUCAAGGAUUAGCCCCAUCAGCCCAAUCAGUGAUGCACCCUGGUAUACCAUUGCAGACAGGAAGUGGUCAGUUUGGAUGCAGCGAUUCAUUUCAGCAGGCACUCAUUCUAUGUCCCCCAACCAUUCAAGGGAUCCCCCCCAACACAGCUAAACCAGCAGGCUACUCUGUACGGAUGGAGGGCUCUGUGCCUAUGGUCACUCAAGCACCUCCCAUACAAAUCAGACCUGGAGUCAUCACGCAGGCCUGGUCCAACCGUGCACAGCAGAUCUUGGUGCCCACUUGGCAGCAGGUGACAUCAGGGCCUCCACCACCAACCACUUUGGCAUCUGAUACUGUGGCCGGCUCACAAAGAUUGGGUGACUGGGGGAAAGUGCGUCCCCAUGGUAACCAUUACAGCUCCAUGAUUGCACACUCUCAGCCAUUCUUAACCAACCAAAUGACCAUGUCCACCCACCAGCCAAUCAACAUAGGCAUUGCACAUGUGGUGUGGCCACAGCCGGCUGCCAACAAGAGAGCCAAGCCUUGCGUGAACAGGGGCAGCAACUUCUCCCAAAACACAAACGUCCAAAAUAUAGCAUGCCAGUCCCCAAAGAUGGCCGAUACAGCAAAGAAUGUGCAGCAGGUAGAACCCAGAUUCCCAGAAGAAGGGCGUACUGCCGGAGAGGAGCAAGGAACCAAGCAGGUGGAGGUGGAGAACUGCUGUAAAGUGGAGCCAGACUGUGAGGAGCUUUCGGUUUCACAGGAGCAGCAGCGGCAGGCCAUGGUGAUCUCUGACGUAGCGAGCCCGACCGUUAGCGUCAUCAGUAUCAGCAGCGACGAAGAGGAGAGCGCACAAAGACACUCGAUGGGGGAGUGUAAAGGUAGUGCAGCUUGUGAGGCGUGUCAGAGCACCGUCAGUAUGGAGAGAGUCUGCUCCCUGAGCAGUCCAGACAGCACGCUCAGCACCAGCUCUUCAGCCUCGGCCCAGUCCAGCACCUCACCCUGCAAACACCCCAACAGUAUGUCAGACGACGAGCAGGAGAGCGGCUGUGACACGGUGGACAGCUCGCCCACCUCGGACGCCUCCGACGGCCAUAGCAACAGUCCCUUCGCACGGCAACGCUUCAUCGCCGUCGGCAACCAGAACCGCCAGCCCCGCGUUGCGUGCGUUGCUCCGGAGACCGAGCCCAGCAAGCCAACAGUUCGUACCGUCGUGGUGCCGCCGAUGAGAGCGCAGAACAACAACUACUACUACCCGACUGUCAGCGACACGUAUGGCAACACAGAGUCUUCAUGCCAGUACAAAGGGCGAGGCUUUCCUGGGCGACAUCAUCACCAGUCCACUCCCCUCCUCAACAGGCCGCAGAAGAUCACCCCUGCAUUCCAGCCCCAGCAACAGCAGCCUAUAGGCUUUGGGCAGGUGCAGCAUUUCGGUUCCUGCCACCAGGAAUGGAACGGCAACUUUGCCCAUCGGAGACCACAGGCCUAUAUUCCUCCUACCAUGCAUGGGCACACAUUCACCCUGUCCCACAGCAGCCCAAACCACGCUACAGGCCCCCACCUCCACCUUGGGGGCCACCCGCACACCCAGCCCACCUUACUGUCCUACCCGCAGUCUGGUCCUCUGGUCACGGCGGCCCCCGUGGCCCACCUCCUGGCUUCCCCUGUAGCCUCCCGCCCCGUCCUCCAGCCCACAUACAGCAUCUCCCACCCGGCAGGCAUCGUGCAUCAGGUCACAGUGGGCAUCAACCCCCGAAUGCUGCCUUCCCCCACCUUGCACCCCCAGGGCCAAUUCAAGCCCCUCUUUCCCCCGCACUCCUAUAUUGCCUCGCCCGCCUACGCCAGUUUCCCUCUCAGCCCCACCAAAAUAAACCAGUACCCUUACAUGUGAGCGCGGCUGCCCAGGUACCCUUUUUUUACCACCUGAGGGCUAAGUGAGCAGGGUGAAAUCUAUCGUAGACCACAACAUGGUUCUCAUUUCCAAAACCAUGGCACAACCACAGAGAAAGCAAGCUAUUUUUUUGAAUCUUGUAGACUUGUGUGUAAUUGAACUUCAAGCUUUAAAAAAAAAAAAGGAAAAAAGAGUUCCAAUGAUGGAGAUGAUUUGGGCAAACAUUAAGAAGGAAAUGAUGUAUGUAUGAUUGAAUGAGCGAAUGAAUGAGUAGUUAAACUCACACUUAAUGUGUAUUUUGCACAUUUGAUAUAUAUCUUUGCAUUGGAUCUUCUACGAAUACUCCUCAAACAGGUAAAAUAAUUGGGGUGGUGUUGAAUAGUUAGACUUUGCACCCCUGAUCCCAGCUAUUUUUCUAUAUUGCCUUCUUACGUGUGCAAGACACAUCCAUCUUUGUAAAGCCAUCCCAGUCUCUAGGUCUAGAUUGACAGAUUCACAAGUUGUCCACCGUGUAUGUUGUACUGCGUUUGAAGUAUUUGUACCUUUUUCGAUGUCUUUUGGUGUUAGCAAUGUCAAGUCAAUUUAACCGAUUUAUAUAGGGUUGUUCCUCACGCUGCAUGUGGUCUUGCAUGAGCAAAAAUGUAAACGGAAAGAUGCAUAGACGUUGCUCUUAUUGUUGGUGUCACAGGACUCGCUGCAUUGUAUAACUGUCCCCAGCCAUAGUGCCUUACAUAUUUGAGGUUUGUUAAUGUUACUACUUAUAUAUGACUAUAUACAUGAAUAUUAAUGUACUGGACUGCGGCACUUGAAAUUCCAAUCAGUCGAUGCAUCCUAUGUGUGAGUAUAUAUAUGCACUCGGUGUAUAUGUCCAUGCAUAGUCUGCAUGGAUGUGAUGUAUUGCGGAUAGCGGUGCUUAUCUUUUGGAGUCGGUGUAUAUUUCAGUGUGUAGUGAGUUACUUUUCUGUUCUUUCAACAAGAACAGCAUGCUUUGCUGUUGCGAAUGCUUACUGUUUCAUUAAAAACGUUUUUUUUUUUUUUUUCAUUCUCCCUUUUCCCCCGAAUGAACUAGUGUACAAAGUGCAAGUACUGAGUAUUGCUUAAUAUUUGAUAAUCACUUUCUAUUUAGUGAAACUAUUAUUACAAACAGUAUUUGUACUGUUCGAUGAAACUGCAAUACAAUCUAAAUAGUCGUUGAUUUUGUUUUCGUCUUUGUCUUCGUGUUUUCAUUUUGAGUGUUUUCACUUUGUUUCUUAGAUGUGGUGGGCAUGGCUUUGACUAGGUAAGAAAAAUAAUGCAAAUGAAUUCACGGUAUGGAGUUUUCUAAGCCUGAGCAAACCAUGCAGUAUUCGAUAUACACACAUAUAUGGACAUAUAUUAUAGAGCUAGACUAUUUAGUACAGAUGUUUGAUACGGUGUGAGUUAAUUGUGUGCAAUUCUCUCAUUUAUGCAUGUGUGACAAAGUUAACUUUUUCCCUUUACAUUAUACCAUUUGUUAAAGGCUUGAGGCUUAUCGGUGUCGACUGCUUAUUUUAUACAUUCCGUCAGGGAGGAUAUAUACACAUAUAUAUGAUGGUAGCACCAGUCUAUAUAUAUAUAUAUAUAUAUAUAUGCGCUCUGCGAGCAUUUUAUCUGUUCAUUUUACUAGUUAAGCGUGUAUUUUUUGUGUCUUUUAUUUUCAAAUGAAGUUGCUUGUGCAGCACCAAAGACUGUAAUUCAUUUCCUGAGCAAGGUAGCUAUUCUGUUUGCAUAGACCUCCGUCAUACUGUCGUUGUAGAAUGGGGUUAAAUUAAAACAAACAAAAAAAAAAAAAGUAUGUAACAAAAAAAAAAGGCAGAGGUUUUGUCUAGCUUAUUGGGCAAUUAAUAAGUCGUAUCAUUUCUUUCUUGAAUGUAUCAUAGAUAAGCUGCUACAUGAUGAUUGCCACUUCGAUAGCUGUGAAAUUAGGUGAUUUCUCUGCGUUUAAACCUGAUGUUGCUAUUUUUUUGUAUAGGUCCCUAAUUAUCUGAAAUAGAAGUGGUUUUGAUUUUUGUGUUUUGCGUUCAUAUUUGGAGUGUCAUUGUAACUACUGUAUUGCUGAUGAUGAACAUUAGAUGCAUUUGUUGUUUCUCGGGGUGUGUGUUUUUUGCAUCAGUAUUUUAUCCUUAUUAACCUUUUGGGCUCAUCACUGCAUAUAAAUGAUGUAUCGAUGUAACUUAAUUUUGUAUGUUUUCAUAUUGGUGUUUUGUACGCAUCUGAAGCUGUAGCUUGCAGGAUCGAUUUUAACUUUUUCAUUGCACGUAUACACGGUAUACUACCAGUACUCUCUUCUGUGUUACAAGAGCACUGUGAGAUGUCAGAAAAAUACCCACAAAACAUUAUGUUCAUUGAAUAGCUUCUGUCAUGUUUCCAUCAAUUACACACAAAUGCACUCGCCACUAAGCACUCACACAGGUGAGGUUAGGUGGGGGGUUAGACUGCCUAAAAACAAAUUAGCCCAAUGUUUCUGUUCCAAAAUAAUGUUUUACAACUUGUUUUACUGUUAAAUUGAUUUGAACAAAUCUUUAUUGCAACCUUUUUAACUGUUCAAUGUUCUAUCUGGCUAGAAUAUCAGUCCCACAGUUUGUUAUUCCAAACUGCCUUGUGUUCGGAUCGCUCUGCCCUUUAUGAGUGUCUCAUAUCAAAAUGAUGUUUUGUCGACGCAAAACUGUGCUCAUUGUUGUGCGUUCCUUAAUGAAAUUGAGACAGUGUGAGCAGCACUGUGUAUGUGCCUUGAGCUUCAGAAAGUGAGAAUUCAAGAUGGUGAUUCCUCCCCCGCGUAUUUGAUGAGGAAGGCAUAGAAUCCACUUACAGUCCGUUACCAUAUAGAGUAGGCAGUCUUUCAACGGCCACAAGACCAGGAAUAAAAAAAACAACAAACAACAAACAAACACAAAAUAGGACUUCAUCACAAUGUCAUUCCAGGGACUUGUACUCCUCUGAUCAGCUUGUAGACACGACCGAGGAGAUGUACAUGGUGGUGGUGCUCCUCUUGUUUCAGAUAGCCGCCACCAAAGCCCCUGUGAUAACACACACACACACACACACACACACACACACACACACACACACACACUUUGAAAGAUAUGACACUCAACAGUCUUUCGAUAGUCACUCUGGCUAAACAGUAGAUGCAAUACUUUACAUUGUGCGGUCGUUGCACCACCAAGUGUUCUUAGAUAAUCUCCAUGCUUUACAUUACCUUGCAUGUACACCCAAGUUGCUUCACUAUGUCUGCUUAGAAGCUGUCUGCUCAGAGCGGCUUUUCCAUCGUGCAAGUCAAGGCAGAGUGGGAGUAACCGGAGCAAAGUUGACAACACUGGCCUUUUAAAAAAUCAGACGAGCCGUGCUUUAUAUCCAGUCUUGUCUGGAUGUUUUUUUUCGGUGUUCUGGAUGGAAAAUUGCUCCGUCGGGGAGAUUAUUGUAGUUUCUCUGCGCGGUCAAGUCAUGAGUUCAAUACUCCACAUGUAAACACUUGUAUGUAUUUUGAUAGCUUUUUGCUCACCUUGUACGCUUUACUGAUUAUACUCGAGUAUCAUUUGUGGGAAAGAAAGCUCAUGACAACAAGGCAUGAACUUGGCAGAUUAGUGCUUGAAAUAGUUCCCCAAUAAUAAGCAUGUGAAAUGUAAUCUGUGUUUUGAUUCCUCCAAAGGUAUUCACCAGCAAUGCGCCUGCAUAAACUCUCCCAUACUUGUUAGGAAAAGAAUGGAUGCAAGAGGAGAGAAAUCUUAAAACUCUUUUAAUUUUCCACACGAUUGACACCUUGGGUUUAUGGAUAAGUUCUUUUUUUUUUUUUUUUUUUCUUUUUGUUGGAUUCCUGUAACAUUUAACAGAUAAAAGUUGUUUGUAAAAUUACUACAAUUAAAGUUAUGACUUUGAUAUCAGAAAACAAAUCCUCUGCUGCGGUAUUAUCCUUUUAGAGAUGUUAAUUCAGGGUCUGUAUUAGUCUAAAUGUACUACUGUGUUACUCUAUAAUUUGAUUUGAUGAGGUUUGAUUUACUUAAGCUCUUAUUUUUCUGGUAAUCUAUCAAUUUCAGAGUUGAUUCACACUGCAAGUUAUGGAAUCAUCUGUUUUAGAUUGCUCAUCAAAUAGAAAUCUGAACUGUUACCGUUUCAAUACCUGUAUACUUUUGUGGCUUUGUUUUUUCGUUUUUGUUUCAUUUUGCUUUUUUAUUUCGUGCUACACUAGUUUGCCAUGUAGCAAUUGCACUGUGCAAUAUUUACAGUAUGAGGACUGGGAAAACUAACUCUAUGGAUGUGAUGUCUCUUUACAGUUUGCGAUAGUGUUUCCUCUCUAGUUCUCAGUGAUUUAGGUGUGACCAAGCCUUCUCUACUUUGUCACAUUAAGCGGGUUUUCCAGGUGACUCUUUUGGUGACUGUCAAAAUAAGACUUUAUGGUGUAUUAUUGUUGAGAUUCACUUUGAAUUAAAAAAAAAAAAAAAA